UGAUAAACCCGAUAAACAUUCUACGAAGACGCCAAUUCUUGUUCAGUCUACACCAGACAUGGUUUUGAUAACUAUAUUCAAUACACUAAACUGUACACUCUGAAUAUCUACUACAAUUUUAUUCGUUGAAGUGUGCAUAUUUCUGGGUUUUACUGUAUCGAAUAAGGAUGGACAGAUAACAAGGACGGACACCACGUUUUCUGAAAAACUGGUUUCGAGAUGGAGGGUACAACUGUUUGCAAUUAUGACGUUUUAAGGUGCUUAAAAGACAAAAUAAGUAAAUCGAGAAACGUUGAAGAAAUUGAACAGUUGAUUCAGAAAGACAAAUUGCCAAGAACGUAUGAGCCUUCGAAGGAAGAAAUAGAAAAGGUUAAAAAAAGACGUGCAUGUAACCGAAAAUCGGCACUUCAGAGCAGGGAACGGCAGAAAAAAGAAUACAAGGAAAACCGAAAGCGCUUGGAGGAAUUAAAGGAAUACAAUUGUGAUAUAAAGGGAAAGUUGAAACGGAUGAAAAACAACAAGAACCAAUAUAUUACUUUGUUAUCAGCGUGGAUGACAGAAAAAGAGAUACGAGCAACGCUUGAAACAAAGCUGCAGACGGAGUCGUUUGACUUCUUGCUAUCAACGGACAAUUCUCGGGAUCAGUGCAGCAGGCAGUCAAGUACAUCGGGUAACGAGCUUUCGACAGAGGACACUGGCAGUGUAGCUGCCUUGUAUGAAGAAGGAAACGACGAUGGCUCUUCGGACGGAUUUGAUGCCCUGAGUGAUCGUAUUGAAUGUAGCAUAGAAGAACAGCAACAUGUACUAGCGGAAUCUUGACAAAACGCUGAUCAAGAAACGGAAUACAUUCAAUGCACUGUUGUUCUGGCUUCAGGGGGUGACUCAGAGGCAUAUACAUAUGGCACUCCUGUUUCAUUGAUUUCUCUGGGCGGGGACCAGUUUGUUCUUGUAAAUUUGAAGGACACAAAUGGUUUUGAUUGUAAAUCAAAGACUGGGAUGACUGAUUCAGAGACGCACGUUAUACAUGUGAUGUCUGACGGUACUAUAUACACACAAUAAAACUAACUAGAAACAAAGAAAUUAACACAAAUUAUUAAGGGCGCAAACUUACCCAAAAAUGCGCAUGAAAUGUGAUCAGGUUUUCAUUUGUUAACUGGAUCAUUUGAUAACUGGAUCAUUUGCAUUCCUUUACUAUCAUUUUACGAAAGCUUGAUGUAAAACAGCAAAUUAAAGAGCUUGCGUUUUCCUA